AUGGAAUCAUUAGAUACAUUUCGUUAUUAUUGGCAAGCAGAAAUCUCGAAAGAUAAAUCCGACCAAUCGAACUCUAUCAAUAAUAUAUCACAUACUCCCACCGGUGAUCUCUGUCGAUUAGGAACUAAAUCGAAAAAUUCAAUUGAAUGCCAUAGACCUAUUCCACCAGCAUCUGAUUUAAUUCGUCCCACACGUGGAGUAAACAAUAAUACAUCAUUUACUAUUGGUAUUCGAACAUUCAUUUCUUCAAAUUCUUCUUUACUAAAGCCAACAACGAAUGAACCUCCAAGUAAAAAAUUGAAAUCAUCAAAUUUAACAUUACUCGAUGAAUUGAUACGCGAUAUUGAUGAAUCAACCGAUGUCCCAUUUUUUAAUAUUUCAUUACCACGCGAAAUAGCAUUACAUAUAUUUGAUUAUUUAUCAAUGAAAGAUUUAUAUUCUUGUUUACAAGUGUGUAAAUCAUGGCAUUCAUUAUCAUGUGAUGAACUAUUAUGGUAUAAUUUAUAUAGGCGAUUAAAAUUCAAUAAUUUAAAUAAAACAAAUGAUGAUAGUUGGAAAAAUCAGGUUAAAGAAGCUAUUUUAUUAAAUCAACAAGUAACAACAAAUUUUAAAAAUCAUCAAUGUCGUACAACAAAAUUAACCAAUCGACUUGGUAUUGUUUUGACAUGUGCAAAUAAUAAUCAAACAACCAUUGUCGCUGGUUAUUCGAGUGGAAUUAUUCGUACGUGGUCUAUUGAAGCUAUUUUAGAUGCCGAGGAAGAUACUGAAGAUCAUGAACAGUUAGAUACUCCUGAUAUUAUCUAUGAAUCAACCGACACAAUGCAAGAUACUGAUCUAUCGAGUGUAAAAUCAGUAGGAUUAUUAAAAAGUGAUAUCUAUGCUAUGCAUGACAAUGGUCUAUUAGAAAUUUGGACGAAUGAUAUAAGCGAUAAACCUCGAUUUACUCAAAAAUUAACAUCAUUACCAAUUAAGCAUCUGGCAAAUGAUGAGAAUAUCUUAUGUGCUGCUAGUCGAUCGAAAUUUUCAGUAUGGAAUUUCAAUGAGGAAACUCCACAAUAUCAAGAACUUGACUUUCUAAAUCAGUUCAACGAUUGUAUUAUAUCAUUUUGUAUGUCUAGUCAUCAUUCAGUACCAAUAUCAAUCGUAGCUGCUAAUAAAUCUCUUUGGUGUAUGUCAUUAUCAAAUUUAAUUCAUCGUCAUUCGUUCUAUUCAAUACUUGAAUCUGAUUAUGUACAGAAAAUUCCAUUAGAUGUUCAUAAUGAUGAACCAUUAGCAAUAGUCGGUCUGGAUCGUGAAAUAAAAUUAUUCGAUUUAGAAAGUGGCCGUUGUAAUAUAAUAUCAACAAAUUAUAAAAAUCUUCCUGCUAAUAUUCAAUUAAUUCGUGCUGAUAAAUGUCCAAUAAAUGAAUUUGUAGUUGCAUUUGAUAAUUAUCAAAUAAGUAUUUUCGAUCGACGACAAAAAGAAGGAGCAAUUCAGCAUUUUUAUAAUCACUAUUCGACUAUAACAACACUACAACUGGACUCGUGGAAGCUAGCUAGUACAGAUACAUGUGGAUUUGUUCGACUUUGGGAUCGACGAAUGAAUCCGCAUUCUUUAUGGCAUAUGAAUCCGCAGCUACAUCCUGUUACACAUUGUUCGUUUGAUAAGCAAACACUGAUUUUCGCAUUAACACCCUACUGCAAAAACCCAGACAUGAUUGAUUAUCACAUCGAUUCGGAUCCAUUAUCAGGACAUGUUUAUGUAUGUGAUUUUAAAUCGGAUGUUUCAACACAACUUGGCGAUGAUUUAAAAAUUUGUACAUCAUCUUAUGAUGCACCUCAAGCAUCGAAUAGAAGGAUUGGUUUACAUACUCCAUAUGAUAUUAUUCAUUAUGAUUAUCAAUUUCGUUUAAUUGUUGUCGGAGAUUCUACAGUCGGAAAGUCAUCGUUAUUACGAACUUUCUGUGAUGGAAUGUUUUCCCUUGAUCCAGAUCCAACAGUCGGUGUAGAUUUUCAUGUCAGAAUUGUUGAAGUAAAACCAGGUAUUAAAGUUAAAUUACAAUUAUGGGAUACGGCCGGCCAAGAACGGUUUAGAAGUAUCACACGUGCUUAUUAUCGUAAUUCAGUUGGUGUUCUUCUUAUAUAUGAUACAACGAAUUAUGUUAGCUUUACACAUGUAACCAGUUGGUUAAAUGAUGCCCGUCAACAAAUCGAACCAUAUCAUUGCGUCUUUCUUCUUGUUGGCACGAAAAUUGAUCGAGAAUCCGAAAGACAAGUGUCGACAGAAGAAGGCAAAGCAUUUGCAGAUUUUCAUAAUAUUUCGUUUAUUGAAACAUCAUCAAAAUCUACUCUGUACGUUCAAGAAGCGUUUGCACUUAUUGCUCGUGAAAUCUAUGAUUUAUUAAUUGAAGGUCGCAUUAAUGUUCAGAAAGGGUGGGAUGGAGUAAAAGCUGGUCCUAAUGUAGCUGCUCCAGCUCAGAAUCAACCCAUAGAUGUUACACAAAACAAUCAAAAUUAUCGAAGUGGAUGUUGCGGUGGCUAA